AUGGCUACUCCAGCAAAGUCCAACCACCGUGCUUGGUGGAAAGAAAGCUCUGUAUAUCAAAUCUGGCCUGCAUCCUUUAAGGAUUCCAAUGAUGAUGGUAUUGGUGAUAUCCCCGGUAUCAUCUCCGAGCUGGAUUACAUCAAGAAUCUAGCCGUGGAUAUCGUUUGGCUGUGUCCAUCGUACAAAUCCCCGCAGGUGGACAUGGGCUAUGAUAUUUCCGACUACUACAGUAUUGCCGAUGAGUAUGGCACAGUUGAAGAUGUCGAGAAGCUGAUUGCCGGCUGCCAUCAGCGGGGUAUGAAACUUCUCAUGGAUUUAGUCGUCAACCACACCAGCGACCAACAUGAAUGGUUCAAGCAGUCCCGCAGCUCCAAGGAUAACGAGUACCGGAACUGGUAUGUCUGGAAGCCGGCCACGUAUGAUGAACAGGGCAACCGCCAGCCUCCAAACAACUGGGUGUCUCAUUUCCAGGGAAGUGUCUGGGAAUGGGACGAACUGACCCAAGAAUACUACCUGCAUCUCUACGCAGUCGAGCAACCUGACCUAAACUGGGAACACCCACCCGUCCGUAAGGCUGUGCACGAUAUCAUGCGAUUCUGGCUCGACAAGGGCUGCGAUGGAUUCCGCAUGGACGUGAUCAACUUCAUUAGCAAGGAGCAGAGCUUCCCUGAUGGACCCAUCAAGGACCCGCGGACUCCGUGGCAAUGGGGCGACAAGUGGUACGCCAACGGCCCGCGCUUGCAUGAGUACCUCGCGGAUCUUGGCAAGAUUCUCAAGGAGUAUGAUGCCUUCAGUGUUGGAGAGAUGCCGUUCGUCACUGAUGAGAAAGAGGUGCUACUUGCGGUGCAAUUCGAGCGCAAUGAGCUCAAUAUGAUCUUCAAUUUCGAACAUGUUGACAUUGACCAUGGCAAAUAUGAUAAGUUUGAGCCUGGGAGCUGGAAACUCACUGAUUUGAAGGACUUCUUUGAGCGUUGGCAGACUUUCAUGUACGACAAUGAUGGGUGGAAUGCGCUCUACUGGGAGAAUCAUGAUCAGCCGCGAUCUAUUGAUCGUUACACAAACGCUAGUGAAGAGUAUCGACUGGUUGCGUCUAAGAUGCUGGCUACCGCGCUGGCACUGCAGGCUGGUACUCCAUUUGUUUACCAAGGACAAGAGCUGGGAACCCGAAAUGUGCCCAAGUCGUGGGGUAUUGAAGAAUACAAAGACAUUGAUUGUCUGAACCACUGGAAAAGAAUCCCAAAGGACGACACAGCUGCCCAAGCAAUCGCUCUCCAAGAAUAUCAGAAGAAGUCCCGCGACAACGGACGCACUCCGGUCCAGUGGUCAGCUGCUGAGAAUGCAGGUUUCACAGGGCCUGGUGUCAAGCCCUGGAUGUCUGUGAACACCGAUUAUGUGCGGGUCAAUGCCGAAGCCGAAGUCAAGGAUCCCAACUCAACAUACCAUUACUGGGCAACUGUCCUGAAAUUGCGCAAGCAAUAUCUUGAUAUCUUUGUGUAUGGUGAUUUCACACUUCUAGACAAACCAAACCAGGAGAUCUUUGCAUACACUCGCCAGUAUGAAGAUCAAAAGGCCUUGGUUGUGUGUCACUGGACAGAGAAGACUCUGGAAUGGAAUGCAGCCAGCAAUGGUAUCACAGGCAUCAAGCAGGUCUUGCUUAACACUUACGAAGGUGUUGAGGAGGCUUCCCAGAGGUUCUCUGGUGGAAAAUGGACACUUCGACCGUAUGAGGCCAACCAACCACGCUCCCCCGCCCACCUCGACCCAAAAACCUACCCACGCACCCACCAUGACGCAACACAAAACAUCCACAUAACCCUAACCUACGAAACCCUCGAUGCAAACACCUGUUUAUCACAAACCGCCUCACCCGCAGCAGGCGCCAACAUCCUCUUCCUCGGUACAACGCGCGAUACUUUCGAAGGCCGCUCCGUCUCCCAGCUCAGCUACACGGCCUACCCACCUCUGACGCUGAAGACGCUAGCGGGGAUCGCCGAGGCCGCUGUCAAGACACAUGAGCUUGAAGGCGUGAGUAUUGCGCACAGACUCGGCAUUGUGCCGAUUGGAGAGGCUUCUAUUGCUAUUGCUGUUAGUGCGGGACAUCGGGGGGCUGCGUGGAGGGCGGGGGAGGAGGUGCUUGAGGCUUGUAAGGAGAAGGCGGAGAUUUGGAAGAGGGAGGAGUUUGUUGAUGGCGGGAUGGAGUGGAGGGCUAAUGCGGAUCGGGAUGCUGAGGGGAAGCUUUUGGGCUCUCGGGGUGUUUAG